AUGCUUACUGUUUCUGUUCGCCAUCACCUCUCUGAAAAGAUCAAGUUGGUCCUUGCAAUGUUGAACCAAAUUAAAGGUGUUUCGGAAGGUGAUGCUCUUCUGAAACAAGAGGGAUACAAAUCAAAAGAAAAACCUCAACCUCAGGUUAAGAAACCCACUGAAGAACAACAACCGAAAAUUGAUAUGAAGGUUUAUGCUGUUUUUCCAACUAAAGAUGACUUCACCCUUGCUGGAAAGCAUGGCAGUCGCAUUGCAGAUGACUUCACCCUUGUUGAUCUGCCAAGCAUGAAUCUGAAUGAUUGGAUUUCCUUGUUUCUGAUUUUUUUUCGAAAGAUGAAUAGAAGCAUUAACCAAUUGUUUCUCAUCUGA